AUUUUCCCAUGAGCCUCUGUCCCUUGAUAUAAAGUCAAAAACAUGUUGUCUGUGUUCCUGUGCGGCUGUGGAAAAAUGGCAGGCUUUUCUGCCAGAUCUAGAGCACUUCUGAUUUACAACGCUUCCCACAUACAAGCAAGUACAGUGAGGAUAACAAAAAGACAUUUAUAUCGAGGGAAAGGCUUCGUAGCAAAUCAAAAAGUGGCGGACAAUUUCGUGGACUCCUUGACAAAUCUUGAGCGUGGUUACCUACAGCAUGCUCUCAGCAAACAUCACGACAACGAAGAUGAUCAAGACAAGGGAAAGCCACCAACAGUCCAUCAGCUACGACUUAGUAAGAUAUGCUUUCCACUGUGCUGUCCCAUUUGUAGGAUUUGGUUUCCUUGACAAUGCUAUUAUGAUUAUAGCUGGAGAGUACAUUGACUACACAAUUGGAGCAACCCUUGGCAUAUCUACAAUGGCUGCUGCUGCCUUAGGAAAUCUUGUGUCAGAUGUUUCAGGGAUUAGCUUGGCCCACUAUGUUGAGUUAGCUUCAGAUAAAUUAGGUUUUCAGGGGCCGAGGCUUAGUGUUCAGCAAAUGGAGAUGCCUAGGACGAGAUUUUCAUCAAACAUAGGUCGAGCUAUUGGUAUCUCUAUAGGCUGUAUCUUGGGCAUGUUCCCAUUAUUGUUUUACUCAAGCAAAGAAGACAAAGACCAAGACAAGGAGAGCUAGUAUCACAAGGUCAAGGAAAAUGAUGCCAUAAAUUUUAGGGGUGUGCGGAAAACAGCUUGCAGAAAACAGCGCCCGGAAAACAGCACACAGAAAGUAGAGUGCGGAAAGCAGUGGUUGGGUCGCGUGACCUCGGGCUCACACAAGUCGCAGAGUUGCGGGAAGGGCUGCCUCCAUUUUCCCCAUACUAAGAGCGGAAAACAGCGCGCGGAAAACAUUUCAUCGCUUUUUUUCUUAAGAGGAAAUCUUCUUACGAUGAAAUUCAUUCUCCCAGCGCUCCGUAUAGGCUUAUACCCGCACGUUUUACUUUGAAACAUUUUAAACUAACCUAAGACAUUGUUAGGGAGUCAUAUUUUGUUUCAGGAUUUUCCCCCACUACAGAGGUUUUGGCCACACAGGGCCUGUUCAGAAAGAUAUAUUACAUUAUUUUUGCGUCAUUUAUAAGCACACCCUAAGUUUUAGGGAUCACCAGCUUGCUUCCGAUUUCUCACAUGUCACAGAAAAAGCCUGAAAGACAUUUGUUUUCGAGUAAUAAUCUAGGGGAAGCCAUCAAUUGGCAAAGAACAUAGUGGUACUGCAAGAAUAUCUAUUAGAAUCCUCUUUUAUUGGCCACACCUUUGCAUGGUCAUGGGUGCAGGUUCUAAGUUUUAAUUUGUUAAUUUCAAAGCAGAGUUAUGCUGGCUUCUCUGACUAAUAGAGAACUUUUAAUAAGAGUAUUUAAAAAAAAAAUUAAAGUACCCACCCUGCAAGCAAAGCUUUUUCCAUGAUUUUUUCUAUCAGUUCACUUCUCCAUUUCACGCGUGGAAGAACAGAGACGCGACACGGAUAAGUGAACUGAUGGAAACAAACAGGAAAAAGCUCUGCUACCAGGGUAAAAAAGUACUAUUUUAGAAAUGAAAGUUGUACCUGUAUAGUAAAUAUAUUAUUGCCAUGGAAAUAGAUAAAUAAAGAUUAUUAGAUUCUUUCA